AUGGAUCUUUCAACCAAAAAAGCGAUCGUUAUAGGGGGCGCUGGAGGCAUCGGAGUUGCCAUUGUUGAAAAUUUAGUUCAACGAGGCAUUCAGAAAUUGGCUGUAAUUGACAUGUUAGAAGAAGAAAAAGCUUCAAAAUUAUUCAAAACUGAAGUUUUUUACAAAAAAUGUUCAGUAACUGACGAGAUUGAACUUGAAUCCGCCAUGAAAAGUCUCAAAGAUGAAAUGGAAGGACUUGAUAUUGUAAUUAAUUCUGCUGGAAUAAGCAAUGAACAUAACCGAAAGGCACUUAUUGACAUCAAUUACGGCGGUGUUGUCAACUCAACUUUUGCCGCCAUUAAACUGAUGCGCAAAGAUCAGAAUGGCAACACGGGAGGCUUUAUCAUCAAUAUUGCAUCAACUUCUGCCUUGGGAGGAUUUUUUAUGUGUCCAAUUUACGCGGGAAGUAAACAUGCUGUUCUUGGAUUCACGAGAAGUUUCAAUAAUUCGGGUUUCAUUGAAAAAACUGGAUUACGUUUUAUCACAAUUUGUCCGGGACCCACAGAAACUCCUUUGGUUAGCAAUAAUGACUUUGUUCAUCAUUUUCCUGAAAUGACAGAAGAGACAGUUGCAAUUUGGAAUCGUCUUCCGAUGCAAAAAGCGGAUUUCGUGGGAAAAUGCAUUCUCGCUGCUUUGGAUGAUGCCCAAAAUGGCGCCGUUUGGCGCGUUCAGGAUAGUCGUUACCAAAAAAUUGAAUUGCAAGAUUUUUCUGAAUUCGAAUAA